CUCGUCUUGUAAUAUCUCAAAUCAUAAAUUUCCUACAUUUCUCAAAUUGCGAGGAACGACACUAAUUUAUUUCACCUAAAACUCAAAACCCUAAUCUUUCAUUUAGGGUUUUCUUAUUCUCACUUCAAUUUCUCUUCCAAUGGAGACCGAAGAAGAUGAUAAUUCAAAGACCACAAUGACAUCUACUACGGUAACAACAAUAGCAGAGAUGGAUACAAACAAAGAGCUUCUACCUGUCGAACCUCAAUGCGGGGCCCACCCCGCAGCCGAGUUGCCUCGGUUGGAAUUGUGGGGUGGUGGUGAUGCCGAGUCACAAUCACAACUACCGUCACCAGGGCCACCUGAAACGGCAACGAAGCUUCCCGAUAAAGGCGAAAAUCAGGAGGAAGUUGUAGGGGAUAAUACUUCCGGUGCAGAGUUAAGCGAGUUGGAAGUCGGUGGAGGUGGUGGCGAGUCUCAAUCACCUCCGCCACGAUUGCAGCCGGAAGUAGCUGUAACUGAGGGAGGCGAAGAUGAGAGAACUACGGUGGAAGAGGAGAGCGGUCAGGCCAAAGAGGAGAGUCGGGGCAUUGAAGCAACGGAAAUAACAGAAGAGGUCCCCGAGAAAGAAGAGGAAGAUGAAGGUCUUAUUGCUGGGGAAGGAGGGCAUAUAGAUACAAACAAUACCGAUAACAAAGACAACGGUAGAGUUUUGAAUGCUGAAGUGGAAGAUAACUAUGGUAUUAUGGGCGCUGGCGCUGGAGUUGAGGGGCUGGAGGCGAAUAAGGGAACAGAGGCUAAAAUGGAGGUCGUUGCUGACGUGGCAAUUGAAACAGAGGGAACAGUAAUGGACGAGGGAAGGGAGAAGAAUAUAGAAAGGACAGACAUCGCAGACGAAACAAGGAAGGGCGCCACUGACACAACAGAGGAGGAAGAAAUGGCUGACGUGGCAUAUAGAGCAGAAUUAGAGGAAGAUAACAAACCAGAUAUAGCAGAGGACGAGGAAGUAAAGGAGGAGAAGGCAGAAGAAGUUAUGUUGGCAGAGGGGAAUGAAAAGGAAACUGUAGCGCAGGAAAACGAAAAGUUUGUUAGUGAAGCAGGGGAAAUGGAUGAGUCAGAGAUGGCCAACGGGACAGAGGAAAAGGACAAUGAAGCGGAGAUGGACAAUGAAGAGAUGGAUGUAGCUAAUGCCGGAGAAGAAGUGGAGAUGACAGAAGAAACAGAGAAUGCAGAGGGGAUGGAACUGGCUGAUGGAACUGAGGGGGUAGGAGAUGAAGUUGACGGGGCAGGAGAUGAUGUGGAGGAAGUUAGUAGAAGUAAUGGCGGGAAGAGGAAGCGAGGGAAGAACGCCAAGGCUCCCGCUAGAGUUUCAUCCAGGAAGAAGGUGGAAGAGGAUGUAUGUUUCAUUUGCUUUGAUGGUGGUGAACUUGUCCUCUGUGACCGCAGGGGAUGCCCUAAAGCGUAUCAUCCAUCCUGUGUUAACCGAGAUGAUGCAUUCUUUCGAGCUAAGGGUCGGUGGAAUUGUGGUUGGCAUCUGUGUAGCAUCUGUGAGAAGAACGCCUAUUAUAUGUGCUAUACAUGCACGUUCUCCUUGUGCAAGGGUUGUGUCAAAGAUGCUGUCAUCCUAUGUGUUAGAGGUAACCGAGGCUUCUGUGAGACGUGCAUGAAAACAGUAAUGCUGAUCGAAAGGAAUGAGCAAGGAAACAAAGAAAUGGCACAAGUAGAUUUUGAUGACAAAAAUAGCUGGGAGUAUCUCUUCAAGGAUUACUGGAUUGAUUUAAAAGAAAGGCUGUCUUUAACUUCAGAUGAAUUAUCUCAGGCCAAAAAUCCAUGGAAAGGAUCUGAGUCACAUGCUGGGAAGCGGGAAUCUACUGAUGAACUCUAUGAUAUUCAUAAUGAUGGAGGAUCAGGAUCAGACAGUUCUGGGAAUCCAGAAGUAACUACCUCCAAAAGAAGAAAGCCAAAAAAACGGUUGAAGUCUCAUGCUAAAGUGAGGGACUCACCCACCAAGGCAACAGUAAACAAAUCUGGAGGGGCAUCCUCAGAUGAGAGAUUGGAGUGGGCAUCAAAUGAGCUUUUAGAAUUUGUUAUGCAUAUGAAGGAUGGUGAUAAGUCUGUUUGCUCUCAGUUUGAUGUUCAGGCUCUUCUUCUGGAAUAUAUAAAAAGGAAUAAACUUCGUGAUCCUCGUCGUAAAAGUCAGAUAAUUUGUGAUUCAAGGCUUGAGAAAUUGUUUGGGAAGCCACGUGUGGGACAUUUUGAAAUGUUAAAGCUUUUGGAAUCUCACUUUCUGUUGAAAGAGGAUUCUCAGGCAGAUGAUCUUCAAGGGAGUGUUGUUGAUACAGAAACUAAUCAGUUGGAAAAUGACGGAAACUCUGAUGGUCUUAUGAAGGCACAUAAGGAUAAGAAACGCAAGUCGCGUAAAAAGAGUGAUGGGAGAGGACUGCAAUCUAAUGUUGACGAUUAUGCAGCCAUUGAUAUACACAACAUCAAUUUAAUUUACUUACGACGCAGUUUGUUGGAGACUCUAAUUGAUGAUACUGAAACAUUUCAUGAUAAAGUUGUCGGUUCUUUUGUGAGAAUAAGGAUAUCUGGGAGUGCUCAAAAGCAAGAUUUAUAUAGGCUAGUCCAAGUUGUUGGUACGAGCAAAGCUGGUGAGCCCUAUAGAGUUGGCAAAAGGACAACUGAUUUCCUGCUGGAAAUAUUAAAUUUAAACAAGACAGAGAUUGUAUCAAUUGAUAUAAUCUCAAAUCAAGAGUUCACUGAGGAUGAAUGUAAGCGACUGCGGCAAAGCAUUAAAUGCGGAUUCAUUAAUCGGUUGACUGUGGGUGACAUUCAGGAAAAAGCCAUUGCACUUCAGGCAGUCAGAGUUGAAGAUUCAUUGGAAGCAGAGAUAACGCGCCUUAGUCAUCUUCGUGAUCGAGCUAGUGAUAUGGGUCACAGAAAGGAGCUUAGAGAAUGUGUAGAGAAAUUGCAGCUUUUAAAGUCACCCGAGGAGCGCCAGCGCAGAUUGGAAGAAAUUCCAGAGAUACAUGCAGACCCAAAUAUGGAUCCAAGUUAUGAAUCCGAAGAGGAUGAAGGUGAAACAGACGAUAAGAGACAAGAAAAUUAUGUGAGACCUGGAGGUAGUAGCUUUAACAGGAGGGGGAGAGAGCCAAUUUCUCCUGGAAGAGGAAGUUUUUCUUCAAAUGAUUCCUGGGGUGGAGCUAGGAAUUACUUGAGCACAAGUAAGGAGUUGAGCAGAAACUUGUCUAGUAAAGGUUUCUUGAGCAAAGGGGAUGAUGCUGCUGGAGUUGGUGAGACAUUAAAUGAGAACUUAUGGACUCAAGGAAGAGAAAGAGAAAGAGAAACACAGCAAUCACGAAGUUGGGAGAAGCCAAAAUCUGCAUUAAAUUAUGAAACUAAGGGUGCCCAUUCUGUGCUAUCAUCAGAAUCAGUUGCUAGCGUUAAACAGGAUAUUGCAAUAAUACCUUCCUCUGCAGGGGCAGCACAAUCUGCAAUCAAAGUUAAUGAAACAGACAAGAUAUGGCAUUACCAGGAUCCAUCCGGGAAAAUCCAAGGACCAUUUUCCAUGGUGCAGCUUCGAAAAUGGAGUAAUACUGGAUAUUUCCCUGCUGAUUUGAGAAUAUGGCGUACUACUGAGCAGCGAGAUGACUCGAUACUUCUGACUGAUGCAUUGGAUGGAAAUUUCCAGAGAGACACUCAGUUGGUGGACAACAGUUUCCUAAAAGGUCAACCACAUCUAUCAUCCUCAUAUUCCACCAACGCAGGAGGUGGUGGGAAAUCCCAACCUGAAACUAGUAAUUCUACUGGCCGAGCUGCUCCGACUCUUGUCGAGGUUCCCAAGUACUCUGUAGAUAAGUGGGGUUCUGAGACAAACCUCCCUUCCCCUACACCAGCUCAAGCUGCCUCAAGUGCAACAAAGGGUCAACCAUAUGAAAGCCAGUGGUCACCCACCCCGGCCGAACCUGCUGGUUCUCUCUCGGGGCCCAACCUACUUUCAGGUGGUAAUGGAGAGUUGCAACGGCCUGUGGUAGUUAUCCCUGAAAGCAGCCAAUUGUCACAUUCAACUCCAUCACCAGCAUCAACAAAAUUGCUAAGUUCUGCAAAUUCCUCUCUGGUACAUUCCCAAUCAACAUUGGCUGGUGAAUCACCAAGGAUACAGGCCACUUCCCAUCUGCUAAAGGCACCUGAUUCUGGUGGUGUUUCAGUCAAUGCUGUAGUUGAUAUGAAAAGUCUUCAGAACCUGGUUCAGCCUGUGGCUAAUAAUAGUUCUCUUGUUGGGACACAAGGAUGGGGCGCUGUCUCAGUUUCAAAGUCAGAAAUGAGUGCUCCACAUGCGAUGCCUGGUAGUGGUUCUCAGGUGUGGGGAAGUGCCCCGUCCCAUAAGCUAGAGCCAAAUAAUUCAAUUUCUAUGUCCACUCAGCCUAGUGGUUAUGGUAACUGGGGUGAUACACAAACUUCUGUCCAUAAUUCUGCUUCAUCCUUCAUUGCAGGAAAUACAGGCACAAUGCCAUCUGAUCUUUGGAGAGGUCCAAUACCCGCACAACCAAAUAUUCAACCUUCUGCUGCUUCCAAUGUGCCAUGGGGUAUGAGUGUUACAGAUAACCAAACUACAACUCCUAGACAAGUGCCAGAAAAUCAAAAUACUGGUUGGGGGCCAAUUCCAGGAAAUUCAAACAUGGGCUGGGGAGGACCCGUACAUGCAAAUUCAAAUCAAGGUUGGGUUGCAUCUGGUCAGGCUCCACCUGCAAAUGCAAACCCAGGUUGGGCUGCACAUGGGCAAGUACAAGCACCUGGAAAUGCAAAUCCAGGUUGGGUUGCUCCUGUUCAGGGGCAAGCGGCAGGAAAUGCAUUUCCGGCUUGGAUGCCACCUGGCCAAGGGCCAACCCCAGUAAAUGCUAAUCAAACUUGGGUUGCACCCGGCCAAGGUCAACCUCCUGGGAAUGCAAAUCCUAACUGGGCAGCAGCUUCUGUGAACAUGGGCUCGUGGGGAAGUGAACAGAACCAAAAUGGAGAGAGAUUCUCAAGCCAAAGGAAUACUUCUCAGGGUGGAGAUUCUGGUUAUGGUGGAGGUAAGCCAUGGAAUAAGCAGUCAUCAUUUGGUAGAGAAAGAGACUCUCCCAGGCCUAGAGAAAGAGACUCUUCCAGGCAUAAAGAAAGAGAAUCUUCUAGGCCUCCCUUCAAAGGGCAGAGAGUGUGCAAAUACUAUCAUGAAAAUGGGCAUUGCAAAAAAGGAGCAGCAUGUGAUUAUUUGCAUACUUGAACUUUAGGAAUUUUGAGCAGCAUGGAGCAGUUAAAUCUGUACAGUAAUUUCAUUUGCAAAAGGUUAGACAUUACAAAAUCUUCUUAUGCUUUAUACUUGUAAAAUCCUGUGCAGUUUAGCGGCUUGUGACCCAUUUUACAACCUUUGAAUCAUCUUCUUCCUUGAAUGCCUGCCUUCUGAUUUUGGUGACAUAAAACUUAGCGCAUAGGGAUGGAAGUGUUGAUGGACUGAUGUAGUUGGAUGCUUGGGAUAUAUUGGAACAAUCGUAGAUUGAUUGUUCAUACACAAACCAGGUGGGGUUCUGUUUUAUCCUGGUCAGGAUAACCUUGUAUGAUUUAAAAUGUUUUUGUUAUAUGGGCAUGUAAUAAUGGCAUAAGGCUUGGCAAUCAGACUUUGUCUUUAAAAGUUGCUCUGCAGAUUUAAUCCCAUAAUUGCUUUGCUGAUUGGUUCUGUUG